AUGAACCGACAAAAACAAACUCGGCUGACCCGAUGUCGCACUGGGUGCAUGCGAUGUCGGGUUCGUCGGCGAAAAUGCGAUGAAGGUAAACCGCGAUGUCGGAACUGCAUUGACCGGAACUUUCAAUGCCAAUACGGUCCGCGAUUGACGUUUUUGGCGAAGAAUGCACACACUGUUCAGGCGUCAGAGGUGGAAACACAAUCUGCCGGCUAUGAUGCGAUUCAAUUCGUCACUGAAGAGACCCCAAAAGACUGCGAUCAAACUGAAGAUCAUACGCUGGACGAAACAUCGUCUCACAUUGAUACGACUCCACAACCACAGCAAACUGACACUAGCACACCUAGCGACGCUAGGCACGAAGACAUGCCAUUCUGGCCGGAGCCUACCCCCCAUACCGCAGACGAUGAGAAUUAUAGAAUCCUCAAUGACAAGGAUGAAUCGGCGGUUGCGGGGUUGUUAGCGCUUGGUAUGAAUGAACCCGAUCUGGGGCCAUCACCAACGAGAGUCGUCUUAAAGACUCCAAUGAUAACAUCAAAUCUGUUGUAUCAGUCACCCUUGACUUUGCAAAGUAUCCAACAACCACCAGGAUCAAAUCUCGAGACACCUUCACCCACCGAAAUACAAGGUCUGCUACGACAUUAUCGUUAUAAGGUAGCCUGCUGGUUGGACAUAUGUGAUCCUGGUCAAUCAUUUGGAAUCCAAGGUCUUCAGGUUGCGCUGGGCUCAUCGCCUAUCUGGAACUCCAUUCUUGACCUGUCCGAAACUUCUUUCCGCCAGUUUCAUCCACAAAAGCCACCCGGGGAGAAGCGAAAUACACGCACUCGGCAGUCCGACUUAAAUAUGGAGACUGACAUCACACACGUCGCACUGCUAAGCGUUAUAGAUCAAGUGAAACGUUGUAUCUCGAAUAUCUCUGCUACGUGGAACACCGAAAGAGAGUGCGACCAUAACCUCAUGAGCGCUUUAACUUCCCACGCUGUGGGCAGAGAUAUUAAUUCCGCGAUUUUUUGGCUCUUUGUCAGGCUUGAUCUUGCGACAGCGUUGGCGACCGAUAGCGACAUGCGCGUGUCGCUUCCCCCGUCGUUCCCAUACUUUACAGAAGUAGAUAUUGUGGCUGAUCCAUUUGAGAUGGUCUUCUUCUACGCAUACCGUCCUCUAUGGCUCUGUGCUAGAGCGAUCCAAUUUGUACACAACGGAGAUGUUUCUCCUCAGCUACCCCCCCUCCAUACAUGGACUCAACUGGUGGAAGAACUGCAACAAUGGUAUCGUGAGCGACCACAGGAAUUUCAACCCAUGCUGGAAUUAGAGAUGGAUGAUCAGUUAGCUGGGCCAGAAAGAAGUUUCCCGGUUGUUCUGUUUGCCAAUGGAGCAGGCUUGUUUGGCAACCAGCUAUACCAUACGGCCAUGUUGAUCCUACUACACAAUCGGCCACGCACUGCGCGCAUCACCAGCUUCCAUUCGGUGGCCAUGUCGCCGUUGUGGCAUGCGCAGCGGAUAUGCAGUAUUGCUCUCCAUAAUGAUAGUCGGGAAUGCUGGGAUCCAUGUCUCCUGGCAUCCUUUCUGCUGGCAGCUCGCCGGAUGACACAUGAAUCGCAACAAGAUGAAGUUGUACGUGGAUUUGACCGCAUACGUAGGGUGACAGGGUGGGACGCAAACAACAGCUUGCAGAGCCUGCGAGCCGAAUGGUGUCUUCUUGAUGGGACAUAG